AUGCUCGAGCUUGCUGUGGCGGAGGCGUACCGCCCACACACACCGAAAAGCGCACCAAAGAAAAGAUUACCAAAAUCCUCGUCAUUUGCGACAAAUCCCAAAAUUAGAGCCCCAACCUUCUCUUUACGAUCGCGGCCCGCUUCCUCUCUCUCCAACAGCUCAAGCGCUUACUCCCAGCCCCGAUCGUUCAGAAGUAUCACAUCCUGGCGUAAAAGAACUGACUCCGUGCUCAGCUCGACAACAGAAACGCCGGAAAGCUCAGGCUGCGUUGAUUUAGUGCUCAGCUCUACGACACAAGUACCAGACGUCUGCACCUCUUGCAGACCCGUGCCUAUAUCUGACAACCGUCCUCGAUUGCCGCUCAAGGUGCCUCUACCCCCACAAGAAGAACUGGAAGAAUUCGACCUAGCCCUACAAGCAGCCAUCAACCAUCUUCAAAACUCUGCCUUCUCCAGCGCCCACAACCAAGCCUCAGCGGCGCUCGCCCAUCUCGCGCACAUAGCUGACAUCGUCUCCUGCGUAGCGACUAGCUGGCCAGAGUUCUGGACCAUGCUCGUGCAUGCUGCCCAGCUCCUCUGCAGUGCCAAACAAGGCAUGAGUCGGGAUGUGGCGAGCUGUCUGGUCCAGGCGCUUGAGCGAGUCGCUAGAUGGUGGAACGAGGAGCAAAGAAGAACGGAUGGGGAUGAAAGUACAGCAGAGCUCGCUCGCAUAACAGGGAGCGCCUUUGAUCAGAUACUUCGGCAGAGGAAGGAUGUGGAUGAGCUGCUGAGUGGGGUAUUUGAGACGUGGUUGGAGAAGUACAUCGAAGGUAUGCAGCGAGUGAACUCUCAUGCGCCGGCAUGGAGUGCGACCAGCCACACAUCCAAACCGGUGCGGAGCGGGGUGAAGCAAGAGAGCGUACUGCGGAUCCUCACACCUACCCCUUCCCCCGCCAUCUUCGCCAUGUUAUCUCACGCUCUCUCCGCGAUGCCCAGUGUCAGUAUCGCAAUCUCCAUCAUGUCCACGCCAGAUGUCACUCCGCCCUCAGAGCUCUGUCCAAUCUCACCAUCAACGUCUCGACUACGCACCACCGUCUUCCCGGCCCAGGCAAUUGGCACCGCAAGUCGAGACGUAGACAUCCUGCUCUUGCGCGCAGAAGCCUUCGACUCCCAAGGCAACAUUCAAAGCACGAGAGGCGCGUUGAGCGCUGCUGCAUGCGUCAAGACUCUCUCUUCAUAUGCGAGAGUUGUCGUCCUAGUUGGUCUGGACAGCAUUGUUUCUAAAUCGGGGAAAAGAGAAAGAGAUAGUGAGCCGUGGAACGUGUUAGGUCUGAAACCUGAUGAUAGAGAUGUUGAUAUGGACGUGAAGUUAGCGUGGGCUCCUGCGCGGCUCAUGGAUACGUAUAUCAUGGAAACAGGCGUGCUGGAGUUAGGUGAGAUGGAGAAGUUGGCGACGGAGGCUGGCGAGCGGGUGCGCUACAUUUUUGGUGAGUGA